GCUCGCCGGCACGGUGGCGGCGGCGGGCGGAGUACACCGCCGCCAUGGGUUAGCUGCCGCCUUCUCUGCUAGCUUCGCAGUGAGCGGGUUUUCAGAAGAUGAUGGAGGGACAUUUACUCAAAAUGCAAAGCACACUGGAGCCAGUCAAUCUGUCAGACAGUGCCUCUUCCAAGUGUCUAGAUAAGGAGAAGUCUGAUAAGUCGUCUGGAAUGAAGGACUGCCCAAACACUGAUUAUAGUGGAGAUGAUGCUGUUGUGUUGGAAAAGGAAUCAGGGUUGCUGCCCUUGGACCACGAUUCAACAGCCGUUGACGUAAGCAGCACUGGUGCUCUGGGUGGAAGACAGGACCAGCCGUGUGGAGAGGCAGAUGGCUGUUCCCAUAGCUGCUCUGAAAGAAAGGUGGAAAGCUCCACAAAACCAGAACAUUUAUCUAGUGAAGAAUUCGAAAGACAGGAUGUAAAAACUAAUGAGACAGAACAAUCAUUAAUGGAAAUAUUGGAGGAGCUAAGUAAAGACUCUGACUUGGUGAAAAGAAAAGGUGAUAAAAUCUAUUCAGAGAGCCCUUACGACACAGACUACACAAAAAAGCUUAUUUCCACAAUGCGUGAGACUUCCUCACAGGAGGAUUUGCUAAAGGACAUAGAGUCUGAACUCCUAUCUACAGACUUUUCAAAGGAAGGGAAAUUCCCUAACGGUGUGCAGAAGGGUGAACAUGCCUUGGCUCUCUUUGAAAAGUGCGUGCGAGAUAAAUACCUGGAGCAAGAACAAACUAUGAAAAUAUUGAUUAAAGAAAAUAAAAAACAUCAGGAAUUGAUUUUGGAAAUUUGCUCAGAGAAGGACAACUUAAAAGAUGAGUUGAAAAAACGAACAGAAACAGAAAAGCAGCACCUCAACAUUAUUAAACAGCUGGAAGCAAGAAUAGAAGAGCUCAAUAAAGAAGUGAAAGCCAGUAAAGACAAACUUUUAAGUCAAGAUGCAGCAGCCAAAAACACUAUUCAGCAGUUGCAUAAAGAGAUGGCCUUUCGAAUGGAACAGGCAAACAAGAAAUGUGAAGAAGCACGGCACGAAAAGGAAACGAUGGUGAUGAAAUACGUCCGAGGGGAGAAGGAGUCACUUGACCUCCGAAAGGAAAAGGAGAUACUUGAGAGAAGAGUGAGAGAUGCAAACAAAGAAAUAGAGAAGCAUGCUAAUAAAAUAAAACAGCUUUCUCAGGAGAAAGGAAGAUUGCAGCAGCUCUAUGAAACAAAGGACAGUGAAGCCACUCGACUCAGCAAAGAAAUAGAAAAAAUGAAAGAAGAAAUCAAUUGUCAUGUUAUCAAAGUCAAAUGGGCUCAGAACAAAUGGAAAACAGAAGCGGAUUCACACAAGGAAACCAAAGAGUCCCUCAAAGACGCAAUGACAAAACUAACUGAAGCAAAACAAGAAGCAGACCAGAUAAGGAAAAACUGUCAAGAAAUGAUAAAAACUUAUCAAGAGUCAGAAGGAAUUAAAUCAAAUGAGUUGGAUGCAAAACUCCAAGUAACUAAAGGAGAACUAGAGAAACAAAUUCAGGAGAGGUCUGAUCACCUGGAGGUGCAUCAUGCGAAAAUCAAAGAGCUGGAAGACUUGAAGAGAACAUUUAAAGAAAGCAUGGAUGAGCUUCGAACACUGAGAACAAAGGUCAGGUGUCUCGAGGAAGAGCGUUCAAGAACAGCAAGUGAGUUAUCCAUGUACAAAGAUAUUAUUACUAGACAGAAAAAUGAAAUUGCACGUUUGCUAUGCAAAGCCAGAACUCUAGAUCAUCUACAAGAUCAACAUCAGAGAGCUGAACAAGAAAUCAGUGCUUUAAAGGAAGAAAUUGAUGGUUCCAAUUCUCUGGUUGCUGAUCUCCAGAAGGACAUUGAAGGUAGUCGGAAAAGAGAAUCUGAGCUAUUGAUAUUCACUGAAAAAUUAACCAGUAAGAAUGCACAGCUUCAGUCUGAAAACAAUUCCUUGCAGAGCCAGUUGGAUAAGCUUUCUUACAGUGAAAGAGAGCUGCAGAAUCAGCUGGAAUGUGUUCAACAGACUAAAGAUGAUCUGGCCACCAAGUUACAGAAGGAGGAAGAUCAGCGAAAGGUGGAAGUUGAAAUGUUAGAGGCUCAGCUAGCUUCAGAGCAGAAAAAACUGACAGUACUGAAGACCUGUGUGGAUGAACUGAAAGAUGAGCUGGCUACCCAGAAACGCAAGCACGCAGCAAACCUGAAAGAUCUCGCAAAACAACUUCAGCUAGCACGGAGGAAAUUGGAUCAGAUGGAAAAUUGUAAUUAUGACAAAGAAGUCAGCAGCAUGGGGAGCCGUUCCAGUUCAUCAGGGUCCCUGAAUGCGCGCAGCAGCAACGAGGACCGGUCACCUGAGAACACAGGUCUUUCAGUAGCUGUGGAUAGCUUCCCAGAGGUGGACAUCAUCUUGGUUGAAAGAAUACUGAGGCUACAGAAGGCACAUGCCUCGAAAAAUGAGAAGAUGGAGUUUAUGGAGGAUCAUAUUAAGCAAACUGUGGAGGAAAUCAGGAAGAAAACAAAAAUUAUUCAGAGUUAUAUUUUGCGGGAAGAAGCUGGAACACUAUCAUCAGAGGCCUCUGACUUCAACAAAGUCCACUUGAGUAGACGGGGUGGGAUUAUGGCAUCUCUGUACACAUCUCAACCCACAGACAGUGGCCUCACAUUGGAACUCUCCUUGGAAAUAAACAGGAAACUGCAGGCUGUAUUAGAAGAUACAUUACUGAAAAAUAUUACAUUGAAAGAAAACCUUCAAACUCUAGGAGCAGAAAUAGAGCGGCUUAUGAAACACAAGCAUGAACUGGAGCAGAGAAUAAAGCAGACAUAACUAGAACUCUUAUGGAAUUACCAACAAAAAGAUGAAGAAAAGGCAGACCACUACAGACCACUGCUUUGGACAUUUCUCCUGACAUUUGAUUGCCUGCUAGCACAAGCAAUCUGGUGUUUUGCAUAGACAGCCUUAAACCGUCCAGGCUGCCCUUACUCGUGUGAGUCAGUGUGUAGUAUCGGUGUGGUUCUGUCUGCUCAAUACCAGCCUGAGGUGUUGCUGAGUUCCACUACACACUACAUUUAUCUAAAACCUGUAUUUGAAAUGGCCUACAGCAACUUUGCAGUGCACACAGUUGUUGGAGUGAGUUGCAGUGAGGUUGUAAUUUCUGCACUCUGUAGUUAAUCACUCUCUUAAUGAUGGACCUUGACAAAAACAAACCUACAUAUUUCCUAGUUGCUGUUGAACAUAUCAAGUGUUACAGAGCUUAAAGGGCUUUCAGUCAUAACUUCCUUUCUUGCGUUUUAUUCCUGAUGUUUAGGUUGAUGACACAUGGAAAAAGGCUUUGUGACAAAACUUUGAGUUUUUAAGUGGUGGCCAUGAUCCUGCAUAUUUUCUGCUUUAGAUGAACAUUCAAUUGAUUUUUUUAUUGAAAAGAAAUGAAACAACAGUAAAACUAAGGGGUUAGGAGACUUUCUGACUCAAGUUGUUGAGUAUGUGGAGCUGAAGCAUGUCCCUUCAACAGUUCUGUAAGCUCUUGAUAUUCAGAUUUUUGAUAGCACAUCAUUGGUUAAUAAAGUUCUCUGGCCUACAUAAUUGGCAGCAUUUAAAACAUGGGAGAUUUAGCUGCCCAGUGCUAGAUAUGUAGUGGUAGACAUCAUGAUUGCAUCUGUUUUCAGAUGAUGAGAAAAUCUGUUUUCAAAGGCAAGUGGAAGGUAACUGAAUGUUCUCAUUAGCUGUGGCUAGAACAGCUACUGAGAGUAGUAGUAAGAAAUGGGAAAUGGAUUGCAAUGGGAUUUUAUUCCAUUGGUUGGACAGGGAAAGUGGCACAGAAAUCUGUGUGACUCCUUAAUUUUAAUGUUGUGGAUAACUGGUUGGUCAAAAGAGCUCAAACUGAGAACUGUUACUUAGCCCUUCAGUGGUUGAGAGGGAUGAUAAAGGAAAAGUAUCAAGGUGAGAAAAUUUUGAUUAGUCACAGCAUCAUGUUCAUAUUUUAGUUCCAGGAUAAGCAAUUUACAGGCUCUUGGAUAUCUGUAUUCCAGCAGUAAUUACAUAAAAAUCUGUAUUUAUUGACUUUUGACCCAAAUCAAUUGACCAGAUCAUGCUGUAAAUACAUACUUUGGGUUUUUAUUAAAUACUUGAAGAACUUCUUAUAAUGAAGAAAAAAUUCAGUCUACCUUUACAAUAACAAAUGCUUUAGCUAUUUUAAUUAGAAAAGAUACUUGGGGGAUGGGGGUGGGGGAAUCUAUCUUACAGCAGGCACUAUUUGCCUCCUAGACCAAACAAGAGGCCUGAAUCCUGCAGCACAAAGGAGGAUCACUUAGUAAAGCAUCUUGGUGACUUAGAGGUGUGUAGUCUGUUUCUAUGUGCCACUGAGUUACUUGAGCUUUGCAGUGAACCAAACUUAGCAAAAGGGCCUGAUUUGGUUUGAGUAAUUUGACUCAAGAGGGUGAGAUUUGCUUACCUUUUAAAGUGAAGAGUAUCUCUGAAGACCCUUUUGGGAUCAAGACCUGGUUUGUAGUCCAGAGAGCUACAAGAGUCCUGGAUGGCAGAUCCCUUUAGUGUCAAAGGGUGAAGUACUUCCUUGAAACAGGAGGGUGGAAACAAAUUCUUGAAAACCUGUCUGAGCGUUGUAGAAACUGUGAGCCUUUAAUCUGGGUGGGGUUUUAUACAUAUAUUUUUCUAAUUCAUGAGAGGAGUGGUGAUCUGAAGUGUUAGGGAACUGGGACCAGUCCAGUCAUGUCAUGGGACUACCUCUGCUUUACUGUUCAGUAAGGUGAAGAGGAAAAUACCUGGCACUGCUGAAACAGAUUUGUCACCAGCUCCCAGGAGGUCAGCAGGCAGUUGUUUGAGACUGAACUAGACCACCUGCUGAACAAAGUGUUUAGAACAAUGUUGCAUGUCAAAACAUAGCUUAGCUCUUGUAUGUUUGUGUAUUCAUGCUUUAACAGAGCAGAUCUCUGGAUAUUUUCAGGCAUUCAGCUGAAUGACUCCAUUAUUUUAGGUACCAUGUUAAUACUGUAAUCAUUUAAUGUAUGUUCUCCAGAUAUGUACAGUGUGAAAUGAAGGAGAAGUGCGGUGCAGAUGGAAUAAGUGCAAUGACAUUGUGAAAAUUCUUACUUCUUUUUGGCAUGUUUGUUUCUCCUUUUAAGUUAGCUGUCCUCCUGCCCUGCUGGAAAUGCUGCUUCUCUGUAGCACUAGUGACUUCUCAAACUUCUUUUUUCCUCCCUUGGUUAUGGAGACACACACAAAGCAGCCAAAAAAAACCAUGAUUUGUUGUAUGCGGUGUUUUCAUGGACCAAAGUCAUCAUAUGUAGGCAUUAUUUUAAAGAAACCUAAUGGAGGUAGAAAUAUUAUUCUAGCUCCCACCGUAGCAAAUGACUCUGUCCAGUAAGCUUGAAAUGUGAUGAAUGCAUGACACUGCUUGGCAGUGCUGCUCAUUUCUGAGAGGUGGUGGUGUCUUCUGCCAUGAAAAUGUUGCCAACAGACCACCUGCCUGUUGUUUCCAUGGGGCAGGUUGUCUGGAGUGCAGUGUUGUUGGUGAAGGGAAGCAAAAUACAUCCUUUGAGAAGGUGAGCACCAGCUGGUGCGGAGUGGGUGCAAGGCUUGUGUAGCAAUCACAGUUCACUUACCCUUGCUUGGAAACUUUCUAUUAGGAACCUGAGAUUUUUGCUGGUGCAGAGCGAGUGCAAAGUUUGUGUAGCAAUCACAUUUCCUUUACCCUUGCUUGGGAAACUUUCUCUGAGGACAGUUUUCAAUCUCAGGUUCCUAAUAUAAACUGAGUUUUAGAGAGAAACUGAUUUUGAAGGCAGCCUGGAGCAGUUAGCUACGUACCUGUCACUGAAAUUCCAUGUCAGCUAUACGUGUGAUUGCCACAGGCUCUUUUGAAAGUUCUGAGCUUGUAGCUGGUUGUAUGCUACAGGGGUUAAACACCUGUUUCUUAAUACUCAGGGUGCUCUUUCAAUUCAAGUAUCACACAUCCAGAUGUUGUAGAGGCCCUACAGGAAAGCUGCCUAUGCUUUUUACCCUCUGUAAAAUCCAGCACUGUCGUUGCCUGAAGCCAAACCCUCUGAACUGAGGCAUACUAGUUUAUGCUAUAGAAAUCACUGACUUUCUGCCACACAGAGUUGUGCAAUGAGUUUUUUCUUUUUUCAUUUUAGUCUCCAGAAAACAGUGGGGAUUGGUUUUGUUCCUCACAUCACUUGCUCACCAUCUUCACUUGCUGCUGGCAACACCUGUGCUAUCUUCAGCUAACAAAGCUGAAGUUACUCUUUCGGAGUAUUUCUCAUUACAAUAUUUUAGUGCGUACCUGAAGCGAUAAAAAUAGACCCGCUCUCCCCGCUUCCACUGAACCCAGCGUAAAGCUGACACCCGAGUUUGGGAAGGGGUUCAGAGCACCGGGCACAUCCGAAUGGGCUGUCAGCGGAAACGGCUGCGGUGCCGACCGCCAGCAGUAGGUGGCGCUAGGAACCAGGUUGGCCGUGAGCGGCCGAGGGGCUGGCGGCUGCGUUGCAGAGGGAGCUGGGAGGCGGUGGUGGUGGUUAGAGCUUUUCCUAAGCUGGAUGGGGGCUUCCUUCCCAUCGUCGUGUUCUGACUUGAAAUUCCGUUCAAUCUUCCUCUGUGUGGUUGUCUGAAUAUUUGCAGAACGUCGUGUCGAUUUGAUUUGUAGAUAGCCGUUUCUGUAUAAAGAUUUUUGACUAUCUCACUGUACUUUACGUCUAUAUUGGACUUUGAAAUAAUAAAACAUGCAAAUGUACGAAA